UCGUCUCGUCGUCGCUGUUGUCUUCGCUAGACAUUGCGUUGCAGGAAGUUGUUGGUCUAUCUCAGUAAGCGCCGUCAGUGUUCGAUGGCUAGUGUUGUGUACAGGCUGGGCUAAGUAACUGCGGAAAGUAUGGGGACGAGACCGUGGAAGUUGUUUAAUAAAGAAGCGGCAUGUGAACGCGAGUCCAACUCGGCCCCCGCCUGCCCUCCUCCUCGUGGCCCCCCGACUGCCCGACCCCCCCCCCCCUCCUCCGUCAUGGAGUUCUACGAGCGGACGAGGGUGGAGCAGCUGCCCACGGGGCUGCCCUUCCCCUGGCUGCCCCCGGACGUCCCCAUGGUCCACGUGGCCGAGGGCAGCCAGGAGCGCAGCGUGGUGACGCGCGUCCUGCGACACCUGAGCGACGGCGACGCUCGCCACGUGCUCCUGAGCGGCGCGGGGAGAGCAGGCGGCCGCGCGGUGUCGUGCUCCGACGCGGUGCUGCGCCGUGCCCCGGGCGCGCCGCUGCGCCGCGCGGUGAGCGCCGGCACGCGCGUCACGGCCGAGACGUGGGAGCCGCGCGCACGGGGCUGCGGCCUCGACACGUUGGUGGUGCGCCGCUCGGCGCACACCCUCACCGUGCUGCUCACCAAGGACGAGCUGCCGGCCGGCACAGGAGACCUGGACCUGCGUUCGAUCGACGCCACCAUCUUCUUCUCCGAGCCGAAGGCACCGGCAGGCGCUGGGCGGGCGGUGGACGCGGCGGCGACGGCGGCGGCGGCCGAGCAGGGAAGGGGGCACGUCCCCUCGUCUCCGCUGUGCUCGUGCUUCUCUGGCGUCUGCCCGGAGAUGCCUCCUCUCUUUGCGCUUGAUCGGCCACCUUGA